AUGACUACCUGCGGCGCGGACACGUCCAGAGGAAGCCGCUUACCGUUGUUGCGGGCGGACGACGCCUCCUCGGUCGUAGCCCGUGUCCGACGCAUCCAAAGCGCCUUCAAGAACCACCCCGAGACCUUGUGCGAGGCGACACGCGGUGAGUUCAACCCCACAACGCUCGAAUGCGCCAUCCACAAGCUUGUGGUGAACGAGUCGUUAGUGCACUUGCACCCACUCCACUGGUGGCUGCACGCCGAUGCGCUGUACCUCUAUCCCUACAAGAUCUCGCCGGCGCUUCUCGCUGCAUUUUUUCACUUUGACUUUGGCCCGCACCGCCUGUCCAUCAUGCACUUCAAGCCGCACGAGCAGCCCGAGCUGGAUGCUUGGCACAACACGCUCCGAGCUGCGCCAUCUUCAGAAGGGCUGCCCGUGCCGCCGACACCCUCUUCUCUCGACGACAUUGAAGAAGCACUCGCUGGUCUCUCGCACAUUGUGGGUACAUAUGGCUCCCAGGCGCUGCAGACGCUCGUGUACACGGCCCAGUUUGCUGUCUUGAGCCUCGUACGUGAGUUUCGCGACGUCAAAUCUUGGGACCUGCCGGCGUUCAUUCGCUUUUUGGAUGAAAAGAUGCACGCGUUUCGGGCGGCAGUCGUCGCCGACGUGCUUGCGACACCCGCCACGGCCAAGCACACAAUCGUUCAUGAGCAGUUGAAGCGCAGGUCGGCCGCGAUGGGGCUCUUCGUCUCGGAACUGCUGCUCGGGCGUCCGAUGCCAGUUGCAAACGCGACCUCGACCGAGCUGCCGACGAUGCCGGCCGGCACCAAGCGCAAGCCGACCAGCCGCAAAUCGAACAAGAAGACGAAGAACAAGACGGCCAAUAUGUUCACGACCUAUGCCAAGUGCAUGUACGAGGAUGUCAUGGGACGGUGA